AUGGAUCACUCAUCGCAGCGUGACGGCUGCCGGAGGUUUCAAGAUACGCCGGUGCAGGCGACGGAGAAAACAGUGAAUAGUAACCUGAAGAAGAAAAGAGGCAAAGAUGAUGAUGACGAUGAAAAGGUUGUCUCAAAGCAUCCAACUUUUCGAGGGGUCAGAAUGCGACAAUGGGGAAAAUGGGUUUCUGAAAUCAGAGAGCCAAAGAAGAAAUCAAGAAUCUGGCUCGGCACUUUCUCCACGGCGGAGAUGGCGGCGCGUGCUCACGACGUGGCGGCUUUAGCCAUAAAAGGCGGUUCUGCUCACCUCAACUUCCCUGAGCUCGCUUACCACCUCCCUAGACCAGCUAGUGCCGACCCUAAAGACAUCCAAGCAGCCGCCGCCGCAGCUGCAGCCGCAGUCUCCGUUGACAUGGAGGAAGAAGAGACGACGUCGUCGCCGUCUCACGCAAGCACAGAACCGUCGUCACCAUCUCACAUAAGCACGGAACCGUCGUCUCCGGCUAUGACCGCAAUCCCGGACGACGCGUUCUCCGAUCUCCCCGAUCUCUUACUCGACGUGAACCACAAAAUCGACGGCUUCUGGGACUCGUUUCCUUACGAAGAGCCCUUCUUCUCUCAAAGCUACUAG